CACUCAACAGCAUCAAAGCCAGCACCUAACUGCCACCAUACACACUCACGCCCUCACCUUCCCCCCCUGUAAACUCUGAACAUAAAAGUGCCUGUCCCUCCCUCCAUUCCUCCUCCAAGGAGAGGAGAGCCACCUUACGCUCUCUCGUCUCCCUCUGUCUCUGUCUCUCUGCCUAUCUCUGUUCUCCCUCGAUACGGAGGGAGGUGCGCCGUUCUUCAAGAAGACCAAGAAGCAGCUGUCGGAAAGGCAUCCCUGCUUACUCCUGAAUUCCAAGUUCCUACCCCCAAUUCCUGGCCAAAUCCAUGCAUAAGAGCAUCUUACAUAUCUAGAGAUAAGCAAGGAAACAUCAGCUGGUCAAGAUGACGGCUGGUUUACAGCUCGGCGUGAUCGGAUCUCUCGCGCUCUCUGUUGCAUCUUCAGUUGCCAUUGUCAUCUGCAACAAAGCUCUCAUCAGCACACUUGGUUUCCCAUUCGCUACAACAUUAACAAGCUGGCAUCUCAUGGUGACCUACUGCACCCUCCAUGUGGCACAACGCUUACAUUUUUUUGAGCCCAAGGCAAUUGAUGGACAUACAGUGAUCCUCUUUGGGUUUCUGAACGGCACCUCAAUUGGACUUCUAAAUCUUAGUUUAGGAUUCAACUCCAUUGGAUUCUACCAGAUGACAAAACUGGCCAUCAUACCUUUCACUGUGCUGUUGGAGACAAUCUUUCUGAACAAAAGAUUCAGCGAGACUAUCAAGCUCUCUCUUAUGGUCUUACUUCUUGGAGUAGGCAUCGCAUCAGUUACAGAUCUCGAGCUAAAUCUACUUGGGUCCGUCCUUUCUGGCCUCGCCAUCGCCACCACUUGUGUUGGCCAAAUUCUCACAAACACAAUACAGAAGAAAUUGAAGGUCUCCUCAACGCAGCUUCUGUACCAAUCUGCACCAUACCAAGCAGCAAUUUUGUUCGCGACCGGCCCGUUUGUGGAUCAACUCCUUACAAACCGCAGUGUCUUCGCCCACAAAUACACCACUCCAGUUGUGGGUUUCAUCAUCCUGUCUUGCCUGAUUGCGGUGUCGGUGAACUUCAGUACAUUUCUCGUGAUCGGAACGACGUCUCCAGUGACAUACCAGGUGCUUGGCCACCUUAAGACAUGCCUGGUUCUCUCAUUUGGCUACACUCUACUACACGAUCCUUUCACCAUGAAGAACAUAUUAGGCAUUCUGGUCGCCAUAUUUGGUAUGGCAUUGUAUUCCUUUUUCUCAGUCAGGGAGAGCAAGAAGAAGUCAACAAAUGAUGCUCUGCCAGUUUCACAGAUGCCAGAUAAGGAGACUGAACCACUUUUGGCAACCAAAGACAGCAGUGAUAUCAAGAAGGCAAAUGGUGUAUCUCACGGCUGCUAAGACUUCCCUUGCUUAGUGUAGAUAUAGUAUGCACGUCUGCUCUUUGAGUUUCAAGGAUCUGGAAAGCCAUUUCUUUCCGUUCUUAAAUUUCUUUUGUAGAGAAGGAAAAAAGGGUUCCAUAUCAUAGAGUGUAUAUUUUGACACAACAAUUAUUAUUUGCUUAUCCCUUUUCACA